CACUGCCGCCGCCGCCGCGGGUUGUGUGGGGCGCCGCCAUCUUCCCCUUGCCCGCCGCCCCCGCCAUGCCGGAAGACCGGGACUGGGAGGUGUACAAGGCGCCGCCGACCCGCACCCCCAUCCCCGAGAAGAGCACGUCGCUGCCCAACCCGGUCCACAUCUUCCAGACCGCUUUCAGCUAUGUCUUCGACCGGCCCGUCACCUUCGUCCGAGAGUGGAUCGAGCGCCAGCAAGCCAAGAACAAAUUCUACUAUUACCACCAGAAGUUUCGCCGCGUGCCCGACCUGAGCGAGUGCAUGGAGGGCGACUACCUCUGCUUCUUCGAGGCAGAAGCACAGUGGAGAAGGGAUAGGAUGGUGGAUCAAGAAAUUGUGGCAAUCAUCCGGGAAAGGUUUGCUGCAUGCCAGCAGAGGGAAGGACCGAAUCAGCUUCAGAACUGUGCAAAAGAGAUGGAGCAGCUGGUUCAAGCCACCAAAGCCUAUCAGGACAAAUAUGGAGAUCUUGGUGCCCAUGGAAAUGCAAGGACAUGUUUGAUGAAACAGAAGCACAGGAUGAUGGAAGAAAGGAAGGCACAAGAAAAUGCAGAGCAGCAGAUCUGAAUACAAAAUGGUUAGCACUUGUCAGUGGUGCAUGAACCCAGAAAUGCAUGGUGCAUCUUUGAACUGUGAUGUUGUUGACCUGUACAAUAAAUAUGCAGCCCAGACAUCUGCCAUACCACUAAAA